CUACACAGUGUUCACGCAACAUAGAGUUUAUGAUCCGGUAAAUUCAACCAUGUAACACGACAAGACAUCCUAAGACGCCCCGUGACCUCCGUGCUGACGCGCUUGGCGGGCGGUGCUGGUCUCGAUAUCACUGAAUAGCCCGCCAUCAUCACAGGAAUUCUUUAUUCUCUUGCCAUGUUCCUCGUUUACCGCCCAAAAUUGAAUUGUUGAAGCAUUAAAGUCAUGGCGCUCAAGAACCUAGCCCUUCGUCCAGCGGCUGAUAUGGUUGCUGAGUACGACAGCGACACGGAGACUGAAUGGGUUCAAACACCGUCGGAUGAUACUCUGCCAGACGAGGAUGAGAUCAAGAUAGACCCCAAUGGGGACUUACUACUGCGCACCGGAGCCGACCCUUCGUCUGGCGACGCUUUAUCGUUCCGCGUUUGCUCCAACACAUUACGGCGCGCAUCCUCUUUUUGGAAAAGGUCACUCUACGAGAUGUCUUCCGAGAUCAGAACGCACGAUGGAAAAUGGUGGGCGUGCACCCCAUCGCUCUACGCUUGUCAGUAUGACAAGUCAUCUGGACUCGUCAUCCUUCUCAACAUCAUCCAUUCCAAGUUCCAUCAAGUACCAAGGAAUGCCACGGUCACCGAGAUCUACAACACGUUGUGUCUCGCAAGCUUAUACGAAAUGGAGGAGGUUCUCCAACCGUGGAUCGCACAGUGGUAUGGAGAGUUGAAAAGUGCGGAAACCAGUCGGAACGGACGAGACCUUGGGAUGCUCGCGUGCAUAGCUUGGACACUGGGUGAUGAGCGGCUCUUUCAAAGAACGAUUGUCAAGAUCACACUGACUUGUGUCGCCGACGAGGAAGGCCGCAUGAUGACAGCUGACGGUGUUCGCUUGGAUGACUACACUCACGACUUUCUUGGCUCGCCUUUGAUAUCUGAAAUCAUCCGUACAAAACGAAGCCAGCUGGCUUUGGACCUGCCAUCACACCUGAAUAAUCUAGUCGACAGGCUAAUAGAGGGGAAAUGGCUGUGUGUCGGUAUUUCCGACAUACCGGUUACCAGAGACAAGAAAUGCGAUUAUAUCGUCCUCGGGAGUGUGUUUGCGGGAUUGAUAUACGUCCGAGGGACCAGAGCAACGGAGGUUGAGAUCAGAUCAGACGAGAGCAUCAUGGAUCUGCUAAAAUCCCUUAAACGAGUGCUUUCAUAUAUGACCUGCUACGAAAAGCAUUUGGAUUGCAACCCUGCAGAACGGAUUGUGGCUGCAAUGAUGGAAACAGUCGACAGCGUGGAUAUACCGUUGAACACAGACUGCACCCUGAGAAUGAGGGAGCAGCGACAAAAGUUAGGCUUAUAAAGCACAUUGUAAGUUGCCGAGAGCUGGUUAGGAUAAAAAGUGUCAGAUUGUUCAUUGAAGGUACUAUGCGACUUUGGGUUGUACAGCGAAUGGCGGUAAAAGUUCUCAUCGGAAGCGCCCCCCUACACAAGACUCAUGAAGUCUAGAUGAGUUUGUACAUCAAAUCGAGCACUAAACAUGCACAAUAACAAUAUUUUGAUGCAAUGCUCUUAUAAAGGUCUGGGAACUUAGUACAAUUGCAAAAA